AGCAGCAGCACCCAGCCCCAGUGAGGAGCCACCAUGGGCAUCUGAGAUAGUGCAGAGGGUGCAGCAGCUGCUCAGCACCAGGGACACGGAGCAGGCGGGAGUUGUCACCCGCUCGGACAUGCAGAAGCUGCAGGAGGAAGGUUUGCCGUGCAGCAGGGAGGAGCUGGAGCUGGUGUUUGAUGGGCUGGAUGCUGCUGGCACCGGGCGCUUGGGCACAGAGGAGUUCACGGCUGGGCUCCGGCAGUUCCUGAGCUCCCAAAACGCUGCCAGGGAGCACCGGAGGAGGAAGACGGCGUCGCGGAGGGUGCGGCUGGUGCUGCCCAGCCCGGUGCUGGAACGGGGGGACAGUGAGGAGAGCAGGCACUUCAGAGCCUUCAUGGAGCAGCUGGGCACAGAAAACCCCUCUGAAGAACAGGAGAUCUGGCAGCUCUGGGUGAAGCUCCGGCAGGACGAGCCCCAGCUGCUGGACAACCUGGAGGGAUUCCUGGCCAGGAUGAGGCAGCGCAUCCGAGAAACCAGGAGUGAGAAGGAGGCUCUGGAGCUGACCCUGAACAGGCGUGUGGCCGAGCACGACAAGGACGUGCAGCAGCUCUGCGAGACCCUGGAGCGGCAGAUCCAGCAGGAGCAGCUGCGGCUGCAGCAGCAGAGCAUGGCCCGGAGCCGGCAGCAGGGCGAGGAGCUGCAGCGGGUGCUGGACGCCAGCGAGAGGGAGGUGCAGCGCUUGGUCACGGCGCAGAUGGAGCUGGAGCGGCGCUGCCACAGCCUGCAGAGCUCCCAGCAAGUGACCAGCACGGAGAACCAGCAGCUGCAGGAGAGCAACCGGGCCCUGCAGCAGCACCUGCAGCACCUGCACCAGCAGCUGCAGCACACCCAGGGCCACCUGAGGACCAUGAGGGCCACAGUGGCCUGGGAGCACAUGGGGGAGCCCGGGGACAGAGUGGUGGCAGAGUUGCCCAUCGUGGUGCCAAUGUCCCCACAGCUGAGUCCUGGGAAGAGCGAGAAGUUCCGCUCCGAGAUGCAGAUCAGGCUGGGAUCCCAGAGCAGCGAGAGCAAAGCCAAGAGCCCCCACCAAGUGGUUUGGGAAAUGCUGCCAGCAGAAACAAACCUCUCAGGAGCCCCACGGAAAGCAAGCUCUGCAGAAGAGGAUCCCUUCCCAGAACCCUUGAAAGAGGAAGGUGCCUCUGACCAAAGCUCUUUGCUAAGAGAGAUGAAUGAUGCAAUAGCAGCUCUGAGCAAGCAUCUGAAGGCACAGGCUCUGGGUGCACCCCCUGCCCUGGCAGACACUGCCUGGCACCCCUGGGACAAUGCUGAGCCCCACACGGGGCCAGAGGCAGCCACAGCCCAUGAAACAACCCCUGGGGUCCUGCAGGAGACCCUCCCUGGCCACAUCCACCGUGAGCUGCUGGAAGGAGACCUGCAGGAGGGACCAGGCACAGCUGGGCUUCGUGCUCUGGAUGUGACACAGGCUGGUGGGUCUGCAGGAGCCGGGCACUGCAGGGCUCAGGAGCCAGGGGCAGAGCAGGGAGAGAGCCCAGAGGAGGCACAGAGGAUGUUAUUCCUGCCAGGAAAGGGAGAGGGCGAGGAGGAGAUGGUGCUGAACGAGGCUGAGCACCUGGGAGAGAGCGUGGAGGCAGCAGAGCAGGUGCUGAUGGAGGUGGAGGGAGCAGGGUGGCUGCAGGAAACAACGGCUUGGGCAAAACCACAGCUCCUGGGAGAAGCCGAGGAGGGGGAGAGAAGCCAGAGAGAAGAUUUGGAGGCAGGUCUGGGGCCAGCUGAGGCUGGGCAGGAAGGUGUGGCAGUGGGACAGAGCCUUGCCAUGGAUGAGGAGCAGCCAGGGAGGACACUGGGGGGGCAGGCCCUGGGCACAGAGCUGCAGGAACGGGCUGACCCCACAUCAGGGCUCCCUGGGAAACUGGAAACUGAGCUGGGAGAGCACCUGGAGCCACAGCCCCCCUCCCACCAAGGGGGAGCAGCCCAUGGGGAUGGGGUCCCUGAGGUGGCUCCAGGCCCAGGAGUGCUGGAUGAGGAGCAUGCCAGGACGGAGGCGCAGCCCCAGGGAGAGACCACGAACUCCAAAGUGCUGGAGGUGCUGCCAGCCCCAGCUGAGUGUGCAGGGGGCGAGGAAGAGGAGGUGGAGGAAGCAGAGCCCAGGGAGGCAGAGCAGCAGCUGCAGGAUGUGUGGCGGCUCUGUGCUCCGGGACAGGCAGCCCAAAGGGAGCUUCAGGAGCAGGUUUCAGCACAGGGACAUGAGGGGAGGCCUCACGAGGUGACCCAACAGCCAGAGAGGGAGACACCACCCACGAGGGAACCGGAGCACACGGCUGCUGGAGCUGCUGAGCAUCUGAAGCAAGAGGUGCCACCAGCAUCACCACUGCACAAAGCAGUGAGACCAGGAGACGCUGGCAGUGAUCAGCUGGGGGUGGUCCUCAGAGAAAACUCACUGGGGCAAAGGCAGCUCUUGGGAGAACAGAGCAAAGACACCACUGUUGGUCAACGAGAGAAGAUCCAAGAGUUUGGUGAGAAAUUGAGCCAGGAGGGUGAGCCCAGCUCAGGAGAGCCAGGGGCUGUGACUGCAGCUGGGGCUGCCCCACAGGGUUGUCCUAGAGCUGCCCUGGACCCAGAGCACCUGUACAACGUGCUGUUUGUUGGGGACUCCCACGUGGGCAAAACGUCGUUCCUGUACCGCCUGCACGCCGACACCUUCAACCCCCACCUGACAGCCACUGUGGGACUGGAUUACCAGAUCAAAAACCUCGUUGUGGAUAACAAGCGCUUUGCUCUGCGCCUGUGGGACUCAGCUGGCCAGGAAAGGUACCGCAGCAUGACCAAGCAGUUUUUCCGGAAGGCGGACGGGGUGGUGCUGAUGUACGACAUCACCUCCGAGUACUCCUUCUCCGACGUGCGCUACUGGCUCAGCUGCAUCCAGGAAGGAGCAGAGGAUGGAGUUGCUGUUCUGCUUCUUGGGAACAAAACCGACUGUGCUGCCCAGAGACAGGUCCCUACAAAGGAGGGUGAAAGCCUGGCCAAGGAGCACCAGCUCAUGUUUUACGAGUGCAGCGCUGCCUCAGGCCACAACGUCUUUGAGUCCAUGGUCAGCUUCACCAGGUUGCUCAAAGAUCGUGAAGAUGAAAUGAAAAAUAAAACAGAAGAGGUACCAAAGGCACCCCAGAAGAAAAAGAGCUGCUGCUGGUGAUGGAGAGACACUCCACACACUG